AUAAAAAAACAUGAAAAUCUCACUUUUUUAUAAUAUGGGACCUUUAAAGCCAGACACUAAAAAACUGAAAAGAAUCAGUCAGUGUAAGUGUGAAAUCCCCAAUAAAACGACUGUUUAUACCGCUGAGAGGCGUGAAUCAAAUGGGGGCGUGUGCUGUGAACAGCUGCCUCUCUAAUAAGUUAAAGUCCGAGAGGAGAGAGAAGCAGAGACACAGAACAAGACGCUCAACUAGUUGGAUGUAGCCUACCGGCUGCAGCUGGUUCUUCAUCUCCUCACUCUUCUUCUCCAUCUCCUCCACCGUGAGGAGGAGGAGAGACAGCCGGUCACAGCCGGGAUGAAGCUGGCAGUCUUAUGGUUGUGCAUGCUGCAUUUGGCCUUUGUCAGUGCUGGACUCUUCAACCGCAAGGAUCUUCAGACUGCACAUAGCAAUGUGUCUGUCAGCAGCAGGGCCCAACAAACCCCCCAGAGAAUCCAGCCCCUCAACACAGGGUCUUUAAACCGAGGCAGACAGAGACCACUGUUUGCGAGGAUAGGACAGUAUGAACGACAAAGGAUUAUUGUCCCGAAGAAGCCCAAAGUCCCUGUUCCUCCAAAAGAUGGUCCCUCUUCUCCUAAAGUGGUACCCAAACCUGUGAAGCCUAAGUGCUCUCAGCUUACACAAAGCUGCCUGCCCCAGUCUGGCUGCUGUGACCCAUCUGCCACAUGCCACUGCCGCUUCUUCAAUGCAAUCUGCUUCUGCCGGAGGACAAACUUGUAAUACUAGGAGAGAACAUAAAGAACACUAAUACACCAGAACUGAGAUGCAAAAAUAAACUCUAACAUUAGAGUCUAACGCACACUACAGGCCCAUGAACAGAGAUACCAUCACUCACGCUGCCACCAUUAUGUUAUAGCAGUUUAAACAACCACCUCAACGCACAGACUGGUGGAUCAUUUGGGUGGGACAAUAAGCAUCAUCUCACAAAGUCAGCCUCUUCAGUCAGUUAGCACACAUUUUAGUAGGAGUUUAACAAACUUGUAUACCUCUUGUGACAGGCAGCUGCUUGGAAAAACUAUCCACCAUAUACUUAAGCUUUCUUCUGAAAUUCAUUCAUUGUUAUGUGAAUUCCUUUGAACAAUACUUACUGUAUUAUCAUUAUCAUUAUUGUUGUUCUCAUUUUUGAUGUUGCUGACAUUGUUGUGACAUUUUACCAGUGUUUCAGCACCAGCGUCAUGUGACUACAUAUAUAUGUUUUGUAUUGUUUUGUGUUAUUAACAUUAAUGUAUCCAUCAUUUUGUGAAUUGCAUGAGAGAGCUCUAUCUGAUUAAAGAAAUUCUAUAUGAAUCCAAAGUCACAGAAAUU